GUUGAGAAUUCCUGGUCUCCAUCUCAAGUAGGUGGUUACUACCCGGACCACCCCCAACCCAUGCGAGCUUGAAAAUCGCUUGUGGCGUGGAAACUGUAGCCUAGAUACCCACCAUGUGGUUCAACAAACGAUCCUCGCCCAUCGCCGCCCUCCUCCUCACUGCCCCUUCAUUAUCCGCCGCUUUCUAUCUUCCCGGAGUUGCGCCUACAUCCUACGAUGAAGGCCAAUCGGUACCACUCUAUGUCAACCAUCUUACGCCCGGCCUAGCGCAGCAGGAUGAACAGCUCCAUUCCGUCUUCUCCUAUGACUACUACCACCCGGCCUUCCAUUUCUGUGCUCCCCAAGAAGGUCCUAAGGAUGUUCGAGAGUCGCUGGGAAGCAUCCUGUUUGGAGACCGCAUCCAGACGUCGCCGUUCGAGCUGCACAUGGGCAAGAACGAGACCUGCAAGGCUGUCUGCGGCCCGGCCUCGUUUGAUGCCCGCAGCGCCAAGUUCGUCAACCGCCGAAUUCAACAAGGAUACAACAUCAACUGGCUGGUAGAUGGGCUUCCUGGGGCGCAGAUUAACAUGGAGGCCGUGACGCAGACCAAGUUUUACAGCCCCGGGUUCGCUCUGGGAUCGAUCAACGACGAGGGACAGCCGGUCUUGAACAACCACUUCGAAAUCCUCAUCGAGUAUCACCGUGUCGGCUAUGGAAACCAGGACAAGUACCGUGUUGUUGGCGUGCUCGUGCAGCCGGAGUCCCGGCGCAACUCCAUGGUCUCGGAGGACGGUACCGCCCAGUGUGAUGGCGACGGUGUCGGCAUCACCUUGAACGAGGAGGGCGAGACUGCGGUUACAUGGACUUACAGUGUGUACUGGCGUGAGUCGCCCACCGCAUGGGCCACUCGUUGGGACAAAUACCUUCAUGUCUACGACCCGAAGAUUCACUGGUUCUCUUUGAUCAACUCGGCUGUGUUCGUGGUCUUCCUGGUCGCGAUGGUGAGCAUGAUCUUGGUAAGGGCUCUGAAGAAGGACAUUGCCCGGUACAACCGUCUGGACAUGAUCAACCUAGACGACUUCGACAGCACGUCCGCGGCGGUGGAGGACGGUAUCCAGGAGGAUUCCGGAUGGAAGUUGGUGCACGGAGACGUGUUCCGGUGCCCCAAGUCCCCGCUGCUUCUGAGUGUGCUUGUCGGUAAUGGAGCUCAGCUGUUCAUGAUGACAGGCGUGACUGUUGUUUUCGCCCUCUUUGGUCUGCUCUCCCCCGCGAACCGUGGCUUUUUGGCCACUGCAAUCCUUCUGAUCUAUACGCUUUUCGGCUUCAUUGGCGGCUACGUAUCGGCCCGAGUCUACAAAUCGCUUGGCGGCGAUGCCUGGAAACGCAACAUUAUCAUGACCCCAGUGCUGGUUCCCGCGCUCAUCUUUGGCGUGUUCUUCCUUCUGAACCUGUUCGUUUGGGCCAAGGGAUCGAGUGGUGCCGUGCCCUUUGGCACUAUGCUUGCCCUGGUCCUGAUCUGGUUCGUGAUCAGCGUGCCGCUAAGUGUUGCGGGAAGCUGGCUGGGAUUCAAGCAACGUGCUAUUGAAGGUCCCACCAAGACCAACCAGAUCCCCCGCCAGGUCCCUCCGAUGACGGGUACGCUGCGUACUGUUCCCUCUCUGCUGUUGACCGGUAUCCUCCCCUUCGGGGCGAUCUUCGUGGAGCUCUACUUUAUCAUGACCUCGCUGUGGACGAACAAGAUCUACUACAUGUUUGGCUUCCUGUUCCUCUGCUACGGGUUGAUGGUUAUCACAUCUGCUGCCACGACCGUUCUUCUGGUGUACUUCUUGCUGUGCGCCGAAAACUACCGGUGGCACUGGCGGGCGUUUGCCGGCGCAGGAAUGACCGGCGGGUACGUCUUCUUGAACGCAAUUCUGUUCUGGAUCACCCGGGUCAGCUUCGGUGGUUUCACCGGCGCGGUGUUGUAUGUCGGCUACUCCGCUCUCCUCGGAUUUAUUGUCUUCAUCUUGACUGGAUCCAUUGGGUUUUUCGCCAGCUGGGCGUUCGUGCAGCGUAUCUACGGCUCCAUCAAGGUCGACUAAGCCGUUUGAAACUUCUAACAUGAGCGAUCGCUCGUCGCGGCGCGGCCCGCCCCCAGAGUCGUAGAAAUGCCGAAAUCUCCUCCGGUACAGUCGCAGGAGGGAACUCCGCACCGACUCAGCACGCGCGGUGACCGCGAGGACGCGUCACGCAACUGUGCUUUUCCGAUAUAUACAUCGUAAAAUUCGCUUUGAUGCGUUCUGGAUGGUGCUGGGCUAGGAUAUCCCCUGUAUAGCUGUGUUUGAAAUUCGCAUCUUUUGGUUUUGGUUCUUUGCUUCACUCGCGCUUGUAAUGGUUAUGAUGUGUACAUAGAGAAGUCGGAAAGUCUGGACGCGGGUGUUCGGCAGGCGACGCCCGUUGGCAGAAUUAGAAAUGAUGGAC